UAGGUGGGGCAUUUCCAACAAGAUAACCAAAAGAAAGAAUAGUAGGAAAUCUUAAUCAAUUUAAUUCUACUAUUUUUAUACUAAUGAACUGCCUGGAAUGACAGAGCAGGAACUCAGCAGGAAAAGAACAAUAGCAUGUUUACACAGUACCGACAUUCCUAUAGGAGACAGGAAGAACCCAUACAGUGAGCCUGCAACAGACACUGCUGACUGCCUGACAUCUGGCGUCUGGAUUCUCCGCAAGUGCUGGACCAUCAUAUUCUGUUAUCUUCUGUCUUCUACAGUAAAGGAAUUGACAGUUUCUUUGAAAAAGUUAUGUGCGAGUGAUUUUAAUUAUGGUUAUAGCACCUCAGAAUAUGAAGUACCUCACAGUGAGAAUGAGAAGACAGGUCCUUAAUUUGGUUAAAGCUUUUGAAAUGGAGAUUAUACCUGCUAACAGAGUUGUUGUACAGAUUGGAGAAAUGCUCGUACUCACAUGCAAUACUACUGGCUGUGCAUCACCAAGUUUUUCAUGGAGAACUCAAAUGGACCACCCCCUUGGAGGAACAGUGAACAACUACAGGACGUACUCUACCUUGACUAUGAAUCCAGUUACUGUUGAGAAUUCUCAUGAUUAUCUGUGUACUGUCUUCUGCAGUGCAAAAGAGAAAAAGGAGAAGAGUAUCAAAGUUGAACUUUACUCUUUCCCCAGUGAUCCUGUCAUUGAAAUCAGCACAUCAGUAGUUGCUGGAGAACCAGCCACUGUCAUCUGUAAAAUUCCUGAUGUGUAUCCUUCUGAUCACCUGGAAGUACUCUUAAUGAAAGAGGGACAUACUCUUCAUGAGAAAAAUUUCUUUGAAGACGACAGCACAAAUACAGAAACAAAAACUGUGACAUACUCGUUUAACCCCACAGCUGAAGAUAUUGGGAAAGAGAUUACUUGCGUGGCCAAAUUACCAAUUGCUGACAUGGACUUUGAGCCCAAAGAAAGAGUUACUUCUCUGAAACUGAAUGCAAACUUUGGUCCACAAAAUACUAUCAUUACUGUAUCUCCAAGCAACUUGCCAGUGGAAGGCAACCCUCUAAAACUCACUUGUGUGACUGAGAGUAAUCCACCAGCACAAGUAGUUUGGAGAAAACAUCUGGCUGAUGGAAACACUGAGCAUUUUAUAGAAAACAAUGUCCUUUCUAUUCCUCAUGCUCGUUUCACUGACUCAGGACUGUACAUCUGUGAAGUAAUUAAUCUUGUAACUAAUAAAACAGAAAAAGCAACAGUCAACAUUGUGAUACAAGCGCCACCAAAAAAUACAACACUUUCAAUUUUCCCUUCAAGUGUGGUGAAGCAAGGAGAAAGUGUUACCAUCUCUUGCACAUCUGCAGAUGUUCCAGCUGUUCAGAUUACCCUGAGGAAGAAAAUAGGUGAUGUGAUCACAACCCUUGAAACAGAAGAUGGCAAAUACACCAUAGACAAGGCUCAGCUAAAGGAUGCAGGAAUAUAUGAAUGCAUAUCCAUUAACAAACUUGGAAAGCAGUCUCAGCACAUAGUACUUGAUGUCAAAGUUCCUCCUCAAAAUAUUACUGUAUUAGUAUACCCAUCAGAAAAUGUAAAAGAAGGAGAAAACAUCACUAUUACAUGUAGCACAUACAGUAACCCACCGUCACAGAUGGUCCUGAAAAAAGUUCACCAAGAGAGAGAAAUUAUUCUGCCAUCAGUGAAUGGAACCUUUACACUCUACAAUGUCACCAAAAAAGAUACAGGCAAAUAUUUGCUUGAUGUUUUCAAUGAGGUUGGAAACAAUAUCAAAGUGAUAGAGAUAGCUGUUGUAGGAAAAUUGGAAAAAGGAAAUCAAAUGAUGCCACUGAUUAUUGCAUUCUCUUGCACAACAGCAAUAGCGAUACCUGUGGUUGCGAUUUUGAUCUACGUGUCAAGAAAAGCAAAGAUAAAUGGAUCCUACAGUCUUGUCAAAGCACUGAGGCUGAAAGUGUGAUUGUGUGAAUAUGCAUCUACGUAGUUCAUAAUAAACAAUGUUAUUUAUUGUUGUGACUGGCUCUACUCCUCUACAUUUGAUAACAAACAAGUGACUUAAGAACACUAUCAUGUGAUAGUAAAUGGAAAUUUUUUCAAGUCUUGUUAAGUAUUUCAGUAUUUAAAUGAAAGGGAAGGCUAGCAUCCUGUCCUAGGAAUAGAUAAAACUUCCAUGUCGAAGCAGGCUGAACAGAGUUCCUUGGAGAACUAGGUUUGUACAUAGUGUAUAAAUUGUGUUAUAAAUAUGUUCAACUGAAUAUCAGUUUGUAAAAUUGCAGUCUCUGCAACUGUACAUAAUGUUGUUAAUUCAGAAAUACAGAUCAGCAUUACUUGAGCUGAUCAGAUGAUGAUAUUUUAUUUUGUAUUAUUCUACAGAGUGAAUGUUUUUAAUAUAAUCUUUCUGCUUGUGGUAAUGUUUGGAAAAUGUUCUCUUUUCACUUAUUUUGCCAUAAACUUUGUACCUCCAAAGAAGUUACACGAUCACUGGGCUGUACACUUCUAAUUAUUUUAAAUUAAUUUACGGUCUGAA